AUGAGGGUGUCGCUAUUGCGGCUGGCGAGAGAGGAUCAAACGCGAAUUUUGGGCGACCAGCAAGAGGUUUUAGCGCUCGCCCGGAUCGUCCGGGCGUGUGGGAGCUUGCGCGACCUCGCCAGGGGCCGGCAAAUCCACGCGGAUAUUCUCGCCAGCGACCAACUCUCCACGGACAGAUUCCUGGCCAAUGCGCUGCUCGAAAUGUAUGGGAAGUGCGGCAGCGUUGGCGAGGCGCAAAGAGUGUUUGAUGCCAUACACUCGCCCAAUACAUACUCGUGGAAUAUCCUCAUCGCGGCAUAUGCCCACAAUGGGCAUAUUCACCAUGCCCGGGCCAAGCUCGAGAAGAUGCCUCGGCCGGACGUUGUGUCGUACACGGCGGUGUUGGUUGCGUACGGAGAGCACGGCCUUGUCAAAGAAGCGAUGGAGAUUUUCUGGAAGAUUAGAAAGCCCGAUGUUGUGGCCUGGAACGCGAUAAUUCGCGUGAAUGCCGCGAAUGGGCAUUUGCUGAAAGCCAAAGAGAUCUAUGAUCGGAUGGAGAAGCGGGAUGGCUUGAGCUGGAACAGCAUCCUCACUGCCUACGCGCAGCUGGGAUUCGUCGAGGAGGCGUCCGCGAUCUUCCAGUUGAUGCCGAUGCGCGAUGCCGUGGCCUGGAACAUUGCAAUCCAGGCGCUCGCGCAGCAAGGGCUCCUGGACGAGCUCCUGGAGACGUUCACCGCGAUGCCGGAGAGGGACGUCUUCUCCUGGAACGCGGCGCUUGGGGGAUUCGGGCAGCACGCCCAGAUCGAGGCGGCGAUGGAGGUGAAGAACAGGAUGCCACAGUGGGACGUGGUGUCUGCGACGGCGGCGGUGGCGGCCUAUGGCCGGAUCGGCGAGAUCGAGCUCGCCAGCGCGGAAUUCCUGGGAAUGCCCGAGCGAAACUCCAUCAGCUGGAACUCCAUGAUCCUGGCGUGCGCCCAGAGCAAUCGCUUCGAUCUGGCCAAGGAAUUCCUUGACAGAAUGCCGCUGACAAGCGUGAUCGCGAUCACGUCCCUGAUCCAAGCCCUAGCGCAGGCAUCGCUCGUGGAAGAAGCGCGCCAGCUCCACGACGCAAUGUCCCACAGGGAUUCCCUCUCGUGGACAGCCAUGGUCACGGGAUAUGCGCAGGCCGGGCAUCUGGAGCGGGCGUGGAAUAUGCUCCACGCCAUGCCCGCCUGGGACGGGGCAUCCUGGGCAGCUCUUCUCCAGGCAAAUGCCCAGCGCGGGCAUUUGGAGGAAUCUCUCGCGGUGUUCGAGAAUAUGCCGCAAAGGAGCGCCAUUGCCUGGAACGCGCUGCUGGGAAUCUUGGCCACGGAGAGGGGCCUCACGGACGGAGCAAACGCCCUGUUUGGGAGAUUCCCUCACUGGGACGUGGUAUCUUGGAACAUUCUCUUGCUGGGGCUGAUCCACGCCGGGCGGGCAGCGGAGGCGUUGCGCGCGUUCGAUUCCCUGCCCCAAAUCCACAAGAAUGUGGUAUCCUGGACAACCCUGAUCGCCGCCCACGCGCAGCUCUCCCUCCGCCAGGCCAGGGCCGCCUUCCACAAGAUGCCGCAGUGGGACACGGUCGCCUGGAACGCGAUGAUCGCCGCCGAGGGAUCCGUGGGCAAUGCCCUAGAGGCGCGGAGGAUCCACGACGAGGCGCCCGAGAGGGACGGCAUCUCCUGGAACGCGAUGAUCACCGCCUACUUCCUCGCGGAUCGCCUCCACGACGCCAGGCUCGCGUUUGAUCGGAUGCCGGCGUGGAGCGCGGCAUCGCGCAACGCCAUCGCAGCGGCAUAUUCCGCCGCGGGGCGGCUGCCGCAGGUGGAGGAGCUCGUCGCCGCGGCGACUCGCGGUGGCGACGCGGUGCCGUGGAAUAUCCUCCUGGCGGGAUAUGCCCACCACGGGCAUGGGAAUAUCCUCGGGCAGUGCUUUGGUGCCAUGGUGCUUGAGGGGGCGGUGCCGGAUGGCAUCACAUUCCUGGCGCUACUGGUGGGCUACUGCCACGCUGGCAUGUGGAGUGACACGUGGCAUGUGUUUCAUUGGAUGGUCGGGAGUUUCGGUCUUGUUCCGGAGCUAUGUCAUUACAACGCUGUGGUUGAGAUGCUGGCCAGGUCCAAACGCCUUAAGAGGGCGGAGGAGCUUUUACAUAGCAUGCCAUUUCUCCCAGAUGUAGCAUCGUGGAUGGUUUUGCUAGGAGCUUCCAAGCUUUUUGGAGACAAAGAACGAGCCAAGAGGGCUAGCUUGGAAAUUCUCAACUUGCAAGCUUAUAAACAUCCUAUUACUUACCAAAAUCUGAUUCGAAUCUGGCGCUUCAUUCACGCACCGCUGACAUAUAGCCAUGACGCUUUGAAACCCAAGGUGGUUUAUGGGGAUAGGCCUUGUGAGCCUAUGGAACUUCGGUCUGUGGUGAAAAUGGAGGUGGAGUGGCUGAAUCUUAUAGCAUCAAAGGAAAAUUUGAUGUUUAUAUUGGCAGAAGAGGUGCAUGCUGGUGUGAUAUCGAACAAGUAG